AAAAUGUACACCCGUUUUCUGCGGUUGCGCUUCGUCGCGAACGGAUAAGAUUGGCUUGUCUCGCGGCCGGUCCACCGUUGAUCCGACGGUUAAAUCAUGGCCACUACACGUGUCGGCCGAUAAAACCGUUGAUUGCCAUCAUUUCACACAAAACUCAUGUGACCUUAGGUUACCAAUCUACCCUCGUCGAGCUCAACAUAAAAACCUUAUCCUCUCCGGUACUCACUUCGCCCUCGCUUCCUCUCUAUAUCUCUCUCUCCUGCAACUAAGAACUUGGCUCCAAGCUCGUUAAUGGCGUCUCAGAUCUGAAGCUUCGGAAUACCGGUACUGUUUGGGAGGUUCCUGUUCGGCCUGCGUACUUCGAGAUUUGAGUGUUUGUAGUCGGAGCUCUGGGGAAAGCGGCAAUGGCGUACUCGUUUCCGGAGGAGGUGUUGGAGCACGUGUUCUCGUUCAUAGAGAACGAUAAGGACCGGAACGCGGUAUCUCUGGUCUGCAAGUCGUGGUACGAGAUCGAGCGGUGGUGCAGGCGACGGAUCUUCGUCGGGAACUGCUAUGCGGUGAGCCCUGUGAUGAUGAUCAGGCGGUUCCCCGAGGUCAGAUCCGUGGAGCUGAAAGGGAAGCCACAUUUCGCGGACUACAAUCUGGUGCCGGAGGGUUGGGGUGGGUACGUUUACCCUUGGAUCGCGGCCAUGGGUAGGGCUUACCCUUGGUUGGAGGAGAUUCGGCUCAAGCGCAUGGUCGUCACUGACGAGAACUUGGAGCUGAUUUCACGUUCGUUCAAUAACUUCAAGGUCCUUGUGAUGUCGUCUUGUGAGGGCUUCACUACUGAUGGACUCGCCGCCAUUGCCGCCAAUUGCAGGAAUUUAAGAGUGUUGGAUUUGCAGGAGUGCGAGGUGGAUGAUUUAAGUGGACACUGGCUGAGCCAUUUUCCUGAUACGUUUACCUCACUUGUCUCCUUGAACAUUUCUUGCUUAGGUUCUGAUGUGAGUUCAUCUGCUUUAGAGCGUCUGGUGGGUAGGUGUACCAACCUUUCCUCACUUCGUCUCAACCGUGCUGUACCCCUCGAGAGGCUCCCUAAUCUGCUCCGCCGGGCCCCUCAGCUAAUUGAGCUGGGAACUGGUGCCUACUCAGCUGAUCUUCACUCUGAUGUUUUCUCAAGCCUAGCUGAAGCUUUUUCAGGGUGCAAGAAGCUGAAGGGCUUAUCUGGUUUUUGGGAUGUGGUUCCCACUUAUCUUCCUGCAGCCUAUUCCAUCUGCUCUGGGCUUACUUCUCUGAAUCUGAGCUAUGCCACUAUUGAGAGCCCUGAUCUUGUGAAACUGGUUAGCCAGUGUCACAGCUUGCAGCGCCUAUUGGUACUGGAUUACAUUGAAGACACCGGCCUUGAUGCCCUUGCUGCUUCUUGCAAGGAUCUGCAAGAACUGAGGGUUUUUCCUUCCGAUCCCUUUGGUCCAGAACCAAAUGUGUCAUUGACAGAGCGAGGCCUUGUCUCUGUUUCUGAGGGCUGCCCCAAGCUCCAGUCAGUCCUGUAUUUCUGCCGCCAAAUGUCAAAUUCUGCCUUGGUUACCAUUGCUAGGAACCGGCCGAAUCUGACACGUUUCCGUCUUUGCAUCCUGGAGCCUCGCACUCCCGAUUACAUAACCUUGGAGCCUCUGGAUGCUGGGUUUGGAGCCAUUGUUGAGCAUUGUAAGGAGUUGCGACGUCUUUCUCUAUCUGGUCUUCUAACGGAUCGAGUGUUUGAGUACAUUGGGACCCAUGCUAAGAAGCUAGAGAUGCUCUCUAUUGCUUUUGCUGGGGAUAGUGAUUUGGGCCUCCAUCACGUGCUGUCCGGGUGUGACAGCCUGAAGAAACUGGAGAUCAGAGACUGCCCCUUUGGACACAAGGCUCUCUUGGCCAAUGCUGCAAAGCUGGAGACAAUGCGAUCCCUUUGGAUGUCUUCUUGCCCAGUAAGUUUUGGAGCAUGUAAAUUGCUAGGUCAGAAGAUGCCGAGGCUUAACGUUGAAGUAAUCGACGAGAGGGGACCCCCCGAGUCCAGGCCCGAAAGCUGUCCUGUCGAGAAGCUUUAUGUCUACAGGACAGUAGCUGGGCCGAGGUUCGACAUGCCUGGUUUUGUAUGGACUACGGACGAAGAUGCUGCAUUGAGGCUCUCUUGACGAAUUUUCCCGUUAGUCUUUCUUUUGGUCUUCUUAAUCGUUACCAGCAGGUACAUGCUCGUCAUGCUACUCAUUUUCUUCAUUCCAUUCAUUUGAACUUAAUGGAGCUUCGUAUAGUUGCAGCAGCAGCGUGCAGAGGCCCAAGAGCGCAAGCGCGAAUCCAAAGUAUUUUACACUCGACCGUGCCCCCAUUGGAUGGAUAGCAGUGAUUAGCGAUUAAUAAAAGAGGUUAAAGGAAACAUGUAUUGAGUAGAGUUGUGGUUCUUGCUGUGUAUACUAUUGGUUGUGAACAAAACCCUUUUCACGCCCCUAUUGAUGCAUUUGACCCUUUUGUUGAUUGCACCUUGAAACGUUGUUGUUCCUGUAUCCGGCCCGCAUGCUACCUCCUCUUCCUAAUAUGUUGUUUUGAAAUAAAAAAAAGUUGUCUCAGAUUUUGUUAA